AGUGCGGCAGUCGCGUCACGCAUCUUUGGAGAAGGAUCCCCAGUCGAACUUACCCUCGCAACAAACGACUUCAUCCAAUGUAUAUGCUUCGAUGGAGUUGUCUUGUUCCAUAAUAUGGUCAUUAUGCGUGAUGAUGGCCAACGCAUUGAUUGAGGAGUUGAGUCGCCUUUCUUGACUGACCUCAUUGUUUCUUCUCCAAGUCUCCUCAGUACAUAUUGUCUGAGAAGCAAGCUCAAACUGGUUUCAUUAACGACUCUUCACACUCCAGAAUAAAGAGAUACACUUAUGUGUGAAGUGGGUUUUCAUGUCACGAUUCUCCCCUGAUAGAGUCCAAACUGGUCCGAGAUCGCAAUCCGCUUUGACCAUGGCUUUCCAACGCUUCACAACUAUGCUUCUUCAUGACAGGACCGCACCGAUAAUUACUGCUUUUGCGUCUAUUGUUGCUUUUGUUCUAUCGCUAUUGGCUCUCCUGUCAACUUCUAAACAAGGAGGUCUUAUUCAAUAUGACUUGGUAAUGUUGAAUACGUCCACGAUCUUUCAAAAUGCAAUCAAGGUCGAGACUGCCGGUGCUUCAGGAACUUCAAGUGCUUCGGUGGCUGCGAGGGCGGCCAACGUCCCCUAUAUCCCAGCACCAACUGCAGCACCAGUCCUCCACGGCAGGGACCCGCUGAGCCUACCAAGUCCUUCUCAAGUCUCCUCCUUCUUCGCCUCUAUUGGAUCAGGUCUCUCCUCCGCAGUUUCUCCACCACAGUCCACUGGAACAGCUUCAACGUCCAGCGGCACAGAUUCUAAUGGUCUCCUAGGAGACUUGGAAUCGUUCUUCAACGCACUCGUCGGAUCAGCGACUGGGGCAAUAGGCGAUGAGGUUGUUCAGGUCGUCAACUCCAUCGUCGCAGAUGUUACGAAGGCUCUCGGGGUCAAGGACUGGUACGGCCUUUACAUGACUGGUUUCUGCGAUGGAGAGUACACAUCUUCAGAUGGCAUGAACACGAGUUCAUGUACACAAUACACUGAUCUCCACAUCAACUCUACCAACUCGACAGUCCAGCUUGGAACAACAACGCUGGACUUCUCGGCCUUGAACAUCCCCGCGAAACUGUCUGCAAGCGGAGGCCAAAUCAAGGCAGUAUUGAAAACUGUUCUCGCUCUCCAGAUCAUCGGCAUCGUCUCAGCGGGGAUUCUUAUCAUCCUUGCGCCACUUGAAAUCCUAUUCUCCUUCUUCCGACGAUGGCUCGUCCAUUUGGUCAUUGGUUGUCUUGCUGCCCUGGCAACUGCCUGCUUUGCAGUGAUUGCCUUUGCUGCGACAGCAAUCCAAGUCGCAGUCUCAAGUCUUGUCAAUGACCUCGGUGAUGGGUUGGGGAUCGAAGCAUAUAGCGGGGGUAACCUCUUAGCGUUGGUUUGGAUCAGUUACAUAUUGAUGGAGUAUGCUGCGGUUCUGUGGUUUAUCAGGUGGUUUAUCAGGUGGCAUGCGCACAGAUAUGUCAGAAGAGAGAAGGGGUUAGGACCAAGUCAGAGGCCGUUGGUCAGGACAGCUGAGUCGAGAUUCAUAAGGUGAGGGGGGACCUUUUGUAUGAGAUUAGUGGGAGACAAGUGGCAGAAUGUGGGUUUGCGAGAGGACCCGCGAGAUAGCCCUUGGGGGAGGAUUUCUCAUUGAAAGAGUAGUAGAAGUUGACUACUUUGGUCCAUUGGACAGGAACAUAAGCUUCCACUUUUACUGGGCCACUAGAACCCUCACGGUUCUGCAGUACGAAUCCAAGUAAUUGACAGCCAAAAACAAAGUUAUUUUGCAGAUCCAUAUGCUGAGCUGCUGAAAGGCACAAAUGUUAUUAGAUAGCAAGAACUACUUGAAAGAGAUGAGUUGAAUUGAAAGAGC